GCUUGAUUGCGAGCGGCGCUGAAAGGCUCCGUCCGAUUGGGUCCGGUGUUGAUGGGAGGACUGAAUAAAUAGCGAGCCCGUCAGCGCUCCGGGAUGAGACGGAGCAGAGAAAGCGAGCAGGAAUCGCGUCAGUGUGCUGCGCGUACGCCCCAAAGCGUGUCCACGCCGCAACUUUGGACUCAACUUGUACUCUCCGUUCAGCGGCGCUUGUAGUUUUCCCCAUUCUCGCCGCCGUCCGUGAAGCGGUCACCGUUCUGCCGGCUCCGGGUCGCCUCAAGAGCGGUCACAGCGCCCACCCCCCUGCCCCCUCCCACGUUCGCUUCGUCGUUUUGUUUUCGUUUUGUUGACUUCCUUGCUUUGCCCACCAUGAUGAUCAUCAUCGCGGAGUUCUUCGUGGUCAUUCUGAAAGUGCUGUGGGCUUUCGUCACGGCAGGGGCCAAGUGGGUGGUGCGGCCCAAGGAGAAGAGCGUGGCCGGACAGGUGUGCGUGAUCACCGGGGCUGGAAGCGGCCUCGGGCGGCUCUUCGCCAAGGAGUUCGCCCGGCGGAGAGCCAUCCUGGUGCUGUGGGACAUUAACAGUCAAAGCAACGAGGAGACCGCAGAGAUGGUGCGGCAGAUUUACCACGAACUGGACACGCCGACCUCCAAAGAUGGUGGCGUUGAAGAGGUGCCCCCGUUCCAGCCCCAGGUGUACACGUACGCCUGCGACGUGGGUAAGCGUGAGAGCGUGUACUCCACGGCUGAGAAGGUGCGUCGAGAGGUGGGCGAGGUGGACAUCCUCAUCAACAAUGCCGGCGUGGUGUCGGGCCAUCACCUCCUGGAGUGCCCCGACGAGCUGAUUGAGCGCACCAUGGUGGUCAACUGCCACGCGCACUUCUGGACCACCAAGGCGUUUCUCCCCAAGAUGCUGGAGCUGAACCACGGCCACAUUGUGACGGUUGCCAGCUCCUUGGGUUUGUUCAGCACAGCUGGAGUGGAGGAUUACUGCGCCAGCAAGUUCGGCGCCAUCGGCUUCCACGAGUCCCUGAGCCACGAGCUGAAGGCCUCGGAGAAGGACGGGAUCAACAUGACCCUGGUGUGUCCUUACCUGGUGGACACGGGCAUGUUCAAAGGCUGCAGGAUAAGGAAGGAGAUCGAACCAUUCCUGCCCCCCUUGAAGCCCGAAUUCUGCGUCAAGCAGGCCAUGCGUGCCAUUCUCACCGACCAGCCCAUGAUCUGCACGCCUCGCAUCGUCUAUAUGGUCAACUUCAUGAAAAGCAUCCUGCCCUUCGAGGCCAUCGUGUGCAUGUACCGCUUCCUCGGCGCCGACAAGUGCAUGUACCCUUUCCUGGCGCAGCGGAAGGAGGCCAUGAACAACAACGAGGCCAAGAACGGGAUCUAGGGGGUACUGUCACCGAUAUAAGUGGGGGGGCGGGGGGUGGGGGGUGGGUGCACAUUAUCCUGCGAGCACGAGGAGACGACCACUGCGAGGGAGGGUUUGGGGGGAAAUGGUAGCAAUGCGAAAAGACUGACUCUGGGCUGGUGCACUUGCAUUGAGCUAAUGCAAAGGUUUACCAUAUUGUUCCUUUGGGACAAAGAAAGCUGUGUACUACACAAUGGAUUUAUGUCAUUUGUGUGUAUGUAAGUGUGUGUAUGCGCGUGUGUGUGUUUUUUUUUAAAGAGACAUCUAUAUACUGGAUCACUAGUUUUCAAACAGUAUCCAAUAAUUAACUAUUUAGUCACCAGCCUUAUGGAGUGUCAUUGUGGAAAUAUACAGUAUGUUACUGUACAGACAGUAAAACAUCAAACCCACCCCUUUUUUUUUUUUACGUAGACCUGCACUGUAAUUUUCUAAGCUUUCUCUACACUGCCAACUCUGAAAUACACAUUAACGAUUACGUCAAAAACCUAUUUAAAAGUAGUUUUCCUUCAUGAAACGAUCCCGUCGCCUCGAAAACAGAGAACGUAUGUGAUAUCCGUCGUUGUAUCUGUUACCAGGUGACCGGUGGAGGGAAAUGUAUGAAAAGAUUUCUUUGUUGAUUUUCUGUCUUUACCCCGAGCCCUAAAAAAUGGAAGUAACACUGUGCUGUCAGUCUGUCCAGUUUAAAGUGUGUUGUAAAUGUUGUGAGUAGCCCAGUACCCCAAAUGACAGCGAGGACACCAUUUUAAAGACAUUCCAAUAGGCGUCACUCCUCCAGUCAGUGAUGAGCCUCAAUUGUCUACCUCUUUGUUAUUUUGCUUUUUUAUUUUUUGAAAAUAUGACAUGCCUUUUUUUUUUUUUUUUUUGGUAAUUUCCUGAAGACUGCUCCAUAGCAAAGCAAUGUAUGGUUCCGAUGUUUAGUGUCUCUACCUAACUUAAAUUAAUAAAGUGAUUUAGAUUAUUA